AUGCUUACGGUUGGAACAGACGCUUCAUCGGUGACUAUAAAAUGGGCCUUGUCUCUUUUGCUCAACCAUCCCAAGGUGCUAGAGAAAGCUCAAACUGAAUUGGAUGCUCAAGUAGGGACUGAAAGAUUGGUCGAUGAACAUGAUUUAUCCAAUCUUCCUUAUCUUCAUAACAUUAUUUCAGAAACACUUCAGUUGUACCCAGCAGCACCAAUGCUAGUGCCACAUGAGUUGUCCGAUGACUUUCACAGGGACCCAAACGUUUGGGAUGAUCCAACAAGCUUCAAGCCAGAAAGAUUCGAAGGCUUGCAGGUUCAGCCAUCAAGGCUGGUUCCAUUUGGGAUGGGAAGGAAAUCUUGCCCUGGUUCUGACCUAGCACAGCGGGUGGUGGGUUUGGCCUUGGGAUCUCUAAUUCAGAGUUUUGAUUGGAAAAGAAUUGGCGAGGAGGAGAUUGAUCUGGCUGAAGGGACAAGAGUGUCCAUGCCAAAAGCCAAGCCACUAGAAAAAACGUAUUUUAGAAAUUAA